UUGACAACCGACACAGUGUCAACCGUCAAAUAAUUUGUUUUUUAUUUUCAAUCAAUGUUUUUUUCCCUCCAUCGUUUAAUAUUUUACCGAUUUUAUUUUGAAUUUAAUACUUUUUUAAAGUCAAGUUAAAAUGAGUCUUUGGGUUGAUAAACAUCGGCCAAGAGACUUGAUGAAGUUAGAUUUCCACAAAGACCAGGCAAUACGUUUAAAAAAUUUGGUUCAACAGAGCGACUUUCCUCAUCUGCUUGUUUACGGUCCAUCAGGUGCUGGUAAGAAGACUCGUAUCAUGUGCUUGCUAAGAGAGUUAUAUGGAUCUGGGGUAGAGCGAUUACGGCAAGAAACAAUGACUUUCACAACUCCAUCAAACAAGAAAAUAGAAAUAAUGACCGUAAGUAGCAAUUACCAUAUAGAGGUUAAUCCAACGGAUGUAGGUAUUCACGAUCGUGUUGUUAUAAUGGAUCUAGUAAAAAAUGUUGCCCAAACACAUCAAAUCGAUUCAUCUGGACAACGAGAGUUCAAAGUAGUAAUAUUAAAUGAGGUGGACGACUUAACUAAAGAUGCACAACAUGCACUGCGUCGUACUAUGGAGAAAUAUGUAGCUACCUGUCGACUUAUACUAAUAGCUAAUUCUAUAUCACGAGUAAUUCCAGCAAUAAGAUCUCGUUGUUUAACAAUACGUAUACCUGCACCUACAGAAACAGAAAUUGCUUCAGUAUUACAUUUGGUUUGUAAAAAGGAAAGUAUAAAUAUUCCUUCUGAUCUAGCAAUGCGUAUUGCCAGAUCUGCUGAUCGUAACUUGCGACGUGCUUUACUUAUGUGUGAGGCAUGUAAAGUGCAGCAGUACCCAUUGACAGCUGAUCAGAAGGUUCCAGAACCUGACUGGCAAAUUUUCAUUCGAGACACAGCUUCUACGAUAUUGUCUGAACAGUCCCCUAAAAAACUUGGUGAAGUCAGACAGAAACUUUAUGAACUAAUAAUACAUGGAGUGCCACCUGAUAUGAUAUUUGCGGGUUUGCUCAAAGAAUUGGUGAAAAAUUGUGAUAUGGCAAUGAAAUGUCAAGUUGCAAGUCAUGCUGCACGAUUUGAACACAGAAUGAGAUUGGGAAAUAAACCUAUAUUUCAUUUAGAAGCAUUUGUUGCUAAAUUUAUGGCUGUAUACAAGAAAUUCAUGGAAGAAUCAUUGGGUGAUGCUUUUUGAUAAAUUAUCUGGAAAUUUUAGUAACUGGAUACAUUUUAAUAAAUUGAAUAUUAAAAGAUUGUUUGAAACAUA